AUGGAGGUCGAUCCUGUGUGCAUCCUUUGUAAUAUCAUGCUUGAGGAUGACUACCAUCUGUUUUUUAGCUGCAGCUACCCCGUUUUCAUUCGGAGGCACAUUCUAAGACUUUUGGGACUUAGAGACGUUAUUGCUCAAGACUGGGACAAGCAGAUUGACUGGUGUGUGGAUCACAUAAAGGGUGGAAACUCUAUAGCUAUAAGCUGGCAAAAACCAGAGGUAGGGGAUGUGGCAGUCAAUACCGAUGGAUCCUUAAGUGAUGAUGGUGCUGGUUUUGGGGCAAUAAUUCGAGAUGAGCAUGGAACUGCUCUCUCUGCAGUGGAAGGUAGUUCAGGUCCCUCCUCCAUUACUUUGCAUGAGCUUCAAGGCAUUGAAGCGGGUCUUAAACUUGCUAUUCUCAAUGGCCAUUCCAGAAUCUCUCUUAAGUCUGAUUCCAAGACAUCCCUAAGUUACCUUAAAGAAGACGGCAGCAAACCUCCCUGGACUUGUCACCAUGUGUGGGAGUCUAUUAAAAGACUCCGAAUGCAGUUUGAAAAAUGUUCCCACUCUCAUAACUAUAGAGAAGUUAAUGGUGCGGCUGAUUUGCUUGCUAGUUCUAGACCUGCAUGGAAUUUUGUUGUGGUUCAUCCAAACUCGUUUUCUGAAGAGUUGAAGAAAAUCAUUAGGGAGGAUGCCAUGGGAAAAACGUACUACAGAUAG